AUGGACCACGAAACAGACGAGGCCGUACUCAAGCUCCUCGGAGGGCGGACCAUCGCCGCCUUCGCUCGUUUGCCGGACGACAAGCGCAAGGCCACCUUUCGGCGCAGACUAGUCCAGCCAACGCCCGUCAUAAUCGAGGAAGGUGAUGACGAUGACUUCAUGAACCCGAAGAUCGCCGACGGUGUUCGCCUGCGCCAAGAAUACUUCAUGGGCGACGAUGAUGUCGGCAGGCAGCUCGUCAAAGAGGCAACCGAAACAUACUACGGGGAGAACUCGUUCGUCGUGCGUUGCCACUGGCUGGGCGAGUUCAUGGCUGAUAGCCUCGCGGACUCGAUCACUCCGGUGCGGAUCGCUCCAUUGGUCAGAGGUACCAUCACGAUACAUGCCGACGUUCGAUCACACGUCGGGUCGGCAAACGCAGACGGCGGUAUCCUGGAGAUGUGUCAAUGGAGACGUGACCGGCUGGAAAAGCUUUACGAUUUUGUCAACGCCAGUCACAUCCACUUCGUGUUGUUCGGUGAGGGGCCAUUGGAUGGUAGUGACCCGAGGACCCAACGACUGCUUAAAGACAUCGCCCCAGUCAUCAAGCGACUGCUCGCCAAGUUCGGUGAACGGUUCGACAUCAUAAGGAAGUCUUCCACCACGUCGCCCCGAUUCCAGAGUCUCCGUCCGUACUGGAGAGCGCCGACGGAAGCCGUCCGCCAAAGGGUGGCAGAGGGCAAGGCCACGUUCGAGCAGACGAUGCAAGUGAGGAUCGAAGAGUGGGCGCGUGACGUGGUCCUGUCAGACGAAAUGGAACAGUAG